AUCUCCACUGACUCGCAUUCUCCCAAGCUGCAGAUCCGGAGCCACAGCUACCUGCGGGCGGUGAGUGAGGUUUCCAUCAAUAGAAGCCUGGACAGCUUGGACCCAGCAGGGCUGCUGGCCUCGCCCAAAUUCCGCUCGCGAAACGAGAGCUACAUGAGAGCCAUGAGCACCAUCAGCCAGGUUGGUGCCCCUAGGGGCGCAUACCUCCCCCCUGUCCCAUCCCCUAACUGUCUCCUGUCUUUACUUACUCCCAACGGUAGCAGAGGGGAGGAAACAACCCAAAUCAACCAUUGAAAAAGCCCAAAUCAAGUCCAAACCAACCCCAAACCAAAACCAAUCCAACCCCAAACCAGCCCCAAAUCAAUCAUCAAACAACCAUCCAGCAACCAUCCCAUCUGAGCGGCUAAUUAAACCAAACCAUCUCCAAACAUUUGGGUGUUGUUUUCUUCAGGUCUGAUGAUCAGAGUGAAAUUCAAAGCACUAAUUAGACUAGAGGAAAUACAGCCCGCCCUUUCCCUGAUCCCCCAUCAUCCUGUCUGUCUGUCUGUAGACUCCAAUGACAUACAUAGAGAAAUAUUCCAAUUAGGCUUUCUCAUUAGAGCUGAAACAGGACUGCUUUCAUUUUCAACAGCCAGGACUGCACAUGGACUGCAGGAUUGUCCGGAGUACUGGAGGCUGGUAAUGGGAGAAUGGCUCAUUGUAAUGGCUGGAUGGAAUAAACAGAAUGGUACCAAACAUAUGGAAGCCAUGUGUUUGAUGUGUUUGAUACCGUUCCAUUCACUUAAUUCUAGCCACCACUGGUCCUUAGCAGAUCAGCUAAUUCCUAUUGCUCUGUAUCGUGUAAUACAACAUACAUUGUUUCCUGCUAGCAUACAAUACAACAGUACAACAGAUGGUUAAUUCUCAUAGCACACCUUGGAAAACGAGCAUGAUGUAUGUCUCUCGCCACAGUAAUGCUUCACAGACGUUGUUUAAAAGCAAUUACAGCUGUGUACACCGGUGGCACGCUUGAUAAAGUAGGCCUUAUGCAUUUGCUCAUAUAUCCUUGUGUUACAGAGCUAAGCAAACAAGUAUUCUGAAACACCCAAAGUGGUUCUUCAAUCUGAAUAUUUGUGAUUUAAGAGAGCGUUGUGAAAACACUUUGUGGGGUUUCAGUGCAUGUCAAACGCUCCAUCAAAUCACACACAAAAACAUUUUUAUUUGCAGACUCUCUCAUACAAUUGUCAAGGCUGAGCAUAGAUGUGGUGCAGAAAUCAAGCGCAGGACAACAGAGGCUCUUCAACAGUCUUUAGUGAGGAUCAAACAAUACAAAAAGACUCACGGCAAAAUCCCAGCCGGAGGGCAAGCGAAACAAUUACGCACACAGGAAACAGUGCGUAACCCAAACUGCGCACACAGUUCGGACACUCUCUCCAAACAAAACAGAACGAGAGAGAACAAACUGACGCCUAGCUGACACGAAACAAUUACACACAACACAUGACAAAACCUAAGAGAACUUAUAGGGCACAUAAUCAACACUAACAAAGAACAGGUGUACAAACAGACCAAACCAAACGAACAUCGAAACAUAGAACGGUGGCAGCUAGUACUCCGGAGACGACGACCGCCGAACAAGGAGGAGAAGCAGCCUCGGCCGAAACCGUGACAACAAUUCAAUGAUUAAGAAAUGCAAAUUAUUUAUAGCCUAAAUAUUGAUUGAUAAUAAGGGCCUGUGGAGAAUAUUCUUUGUGGAAUUCCACCUUCGUUUUUUCAAUGCUUUAUUUGGACAGAUUAGAAACAGAGAAGGACUGAAAGUGGGACAGGUGGAAGCAGGAAUUGAACCCCUGACCUCUUGGGUAGUAAGAUGGUACAUUUCAUUGGAAUUUCAUUGAAAUGUUACACACUCAACCACACAGCCACACUGUAUUUUUUUUUAAAGAUUCUGGGGUGAAUUGAAAUGGACAAAAAACAACAACAUGUACUUAAUCAAAAUGAAUGCAAGGUAAUUUAAAUGAUUUGUUAAUUUCACUUUAUAAAAAAAUGUAAGAAUAAAUCCAACUUAAUAUGUUGCUCAAAAUGUAAGUAUAUUUUAUGAAGGUAACCAAAAAUUUAAAAUUGAGUGAUUGAACUCAUUGGGAGUCUGGUUUUAAUCUCCUUGCACUUCCUAUCUUGCCACGUGGCUCUGUUUUUAAAGGAUUAUGGGUAAUUAUAAUGUUUUACACAAUGUUGUGUGCAUGUUUGAAGAAAGACAAGUAUACUUCUAUAUUAAUAUUAAGCAGUUUGUUGCACCAUGAGAUGUAAUGGAUCAUGAUGAACAGAUAUCAAAACCGUCAGGAAAAUGACGUUCAAUGAUGAGAUGACCCAUUCCCACAUUUCCAAUUUCUGAUGGUAGCGGCAAAUACAGUAUCCUGCAAUGCUUGUUCUAAAACCUCUAGUUAAUGUUGGUGGAUUGAGCACUGUGCUCAGCAAUGCCUGCCAAAAUGGGUUAAACUGGCAAAUUAUCAGAUACAUAAAUCAAUUUUAAACAUUCAAAUAUUCCAGAAACACCAUAAUAGUAUUAAGAAGCUUAGAGAGAGGAAACAACACCAAAAGAGAAGGUAUCUAAUUCUGCACUAAACAGAACUCGAAACACCAAAACAAUGUUUUCAACCUUUUCCAGUAGGGAUCCCAGUCCCUGGCAAGUUGUUACUCAACACUUGAUUAAGUGGUGUUACAACACACCAUGUAAUGUUUCAAAACAUUUCAGGAUGAGGUGUUUCAAUACUCCAGCAAAGUUAAGGUUUCGUCUCCUUCAAGUUGGUGGCUCAGUUGCCACUAGUUUUGGUGUUACAAAGCACUUAAUUCUAACAAUGUAUCCCAGAAAUAAGAUGUUACAGUGUGUGUGAUGGAGAGUGAGUACUGGUCCUGUCCUCACUUAUUUGGAGUGACAGGAGGAUGGGGGCAUCUCUGGCUGGAGCUCCAGCGAUGUGGCCCUCCAGGGGCCUCCAGGGGCCCACAGGGAGAGGCACAGAGCCCUCGGGCAUCCUAGCCUCCCUCCCUGCUCCAGCCUCUCCAGAUCCAGCCCAGCUCAUACACGCACACGCGCACACGCACACACACACACACACACUAGGGAUGUUAACGGUUAAUUGGUUAGCUGCCGAAAAUUCAUUUGACCUGUCAUGCUUAUCAGGCUAUAGGUUAAUUUGCAUAAUUUUGUGGAAUGAAAUUGGCAUGUGGGUAUUUUCGUUAGUCGUCAUGCAUUUGAUUUAUCACACGCUCACAGCAACAGAGCCUAGUUUGAGAAGCAGAAUAGCCUACCACCUGUCAGAUAUUGCGAGAGCAGAUCCUCAAAAAGCCUGUAGGCUACUGGAGUGAAACCUGCUUUUGUAAGCCCAGUCAUUGCGCAACAAAUUCUAAAUGUAAUCGUGUGUUAAAAACUUUGGUGGCCAUGAUUAGAAAGGAGCUUUGCAAUGUGAGUUUGAGGCAGUAUAACGGUAGCUAACACACUUUUGUACAUUGCACUGUUCCAUACAUUUGACCUUAUUUUAGCGCACCAAAAAUGUAAUACUUCCAGGUCAACUGUAAUAUGAAUACCAUUGUAAAGCACAAUUUCUCCCCUUUCCAGGAAAAUCAAUGAUGAGACCUUCAUGCUGCUCGUCACUGUAUGAUUGAAGAAAGCAAUGGAGCUCCGCCGGGUCUUUUUAAAAUGGCGGGUGGGGAAGCGAAAGCUACUGCGUCAUAGUGAAAGGGGGAGAUAUGUCGUGUGGGGAACCAGCUUUUUUCACCCGAUUUGUCCAACUUAUCACCUCUAAAAUGUAAAUAAAACACUAUAAAGAGUUUAUAUAAUGUCUCAUUACAUACCUAUUUGAAGGUUUGUGUCGAAUUUGAAUACGAUCUCUAGGGCGGCGCUAAAUUUAUCUUCACAAUUAAACUGUGGGUGUCACGGUUUUUGAGAGUCAUGAUGGCUCGCAGUGAUUAUGCAAAACAUUUACAAUUGAUUGAAUUAACUAUUGAUGCACUCACGAGUAAUUAACUUUACACUCACCAUUGAUAAUUUCUUGUUUUUAAUCUGCGAGAGAAGAGCUACACCUGGUGGAAAGAGGCUGUACGGCACAGAAUGUCCACUUUAAUGUACAGCGUCUGGGGGGUCAGUUUUUUCAACUUUUCUCCAAUACUGUUGGACCAUUACCAUGUCAAUCAACGCUGAAUCGAAACUUAGUUCACACCCUAGAUUUUGAUGCCAACACAGUCGCUACAGUCCCAUUAGUUUUCAUUGCAGCCUCGUUUGAAUGCCGCGGUUGCCCACAUAUGUACGGAACGGAGUUAGCUACCGUUAAUUGUUUGAAACCUGAACGUUUUACUUUACUUCAAAUAAUGAGGCAUGUCUUACCUUGCUUCAAAGUAGCCUUGCGAAAAUCCAUCCAUAGAAACGUGGAGGCAAUUAUUUUAUAUAGACUUCCUCAUGCCAUUAACCAGCAUUUCUCUCCUGUCCUAUAGGUUUUCAUAUUAACUUUAUUUCGUUGUUGAGAAGCCAAAGGCACAAUCCUAGUCAUAUUAGCAACCCAUCAUAGUAGUUGCUAUUAUAUUCCCCCCCUUUCUAAGUUUCUAACAGAGAUUUUCAUCUCUGUCACAUAUGGAACUGCUCGCAUGAGGUGCGCAGUUUAUAACUGUUUUCCGCUAAUUGCAUUUGGGCAAAUGUUUGAAAAUGACGUUUCAUUAGCUGCUUCAUUACAGGUGUUGCAUGUUUCAAUUAAGCUCAAUUAAGCUCUUAAUGAAAAAUGUUCGGUCCUUGUAUGCAUGCAUAGUAUCAGAGAGGAAGAGGCGAAGCGAGAGGUUUCACUGGGCUUAUUUUGGGCCUAAGCUUGUCGCCUGCCUUCUCGCCUUGGGACGACUCCCAUUGUUAGGGCAGAAACAUAAGCAACUCAUCAUUAUAUACAGAUCUCUGAUAGUAUUUUCUGUUGGUCACAUCAUUUUACUGUUAUGAAAAAAUUUAACUGUUUGUUGACCGGUUAAUGAGGGUCAGUUAUUCGGCAGCAAAAUUUACCGAAAUGUGCAUCUUUAACACACACAGUAUUGUUUAACUAACCUUGUGGGGACACACUCAAAAUCCUAAUUUCCCUAACCUUACCCUAACCCAAACCCUUACCCUAACCCUCACCCUAACCUUAACCCCAAAACCUAACCUUAAUCAUAAACCUAACCCUAACUGCUAAACUUAACCUUUAACCCUUAAUCCUAAUUUUAACCCUUACACUAAUUCUAACCUUAACCCUAAACCCCCAGAAAUAGCCUUUUUCCUUGUGGGGGCCGACAAAAUGUCCCCAGUUGGUCCCCAACAUUUUUUUUACCAUGUCCACACACACACACACACACACAAAAACAUGUCUACACACACACACACACACACACACACACACACACACACACACACACACACACACACAGGCCUUUAGUGUGAGGCAGGCAGCAUGGGAACCAACUGUCAGCCACAGUGACUUCUACAAAAAGCCCAGCCAGACUGCAGCAUACGGGAAGAGAAUGGGAAAGCACUCAGGCUCCUGUGUCUGUGUCUGUCUGUGUGUGUGUGUGUGUGUGCGCGCACUGUAAAAAAAAGGGGAAAAAAAGAUGUUGCAAUAGGAUUGGGACUUUGCUCAACAAAAUAGCAUUAAAGUUGAUUCAACGUAAAAUUGUAAGGCAACAGCUGUAAUAUUAUUGUGAGUUUGCUCAACAUUUUGGCUUAUAGCUGAACAAACAUUCUCAAGUUGAAUUGUGUGUUCACUCAACUUUGAACUUUAGGUUGAGUGAACAUACAAUUCAACCUGAAAAUGUAUUCUACCUUAUUUGCUUAUUUCCCAGUGUACCUUGCCUUUAUAGUGAAUUGUAGAUACCACACAUGACUGUAUUUGUUAGUGACAGACACAUGGUUGUUGUAUUCAACAGCUUUCAAUCAUAUAGCCUUCACGAAGUGAGUGUCUAAGUGAAUAUGUCAUCUUUAAUAAUGUAACUCUUAAUGACAUUACAUAUUAUAAGGCCUUUCUUUGUUGGCUUAGUUACACCCUAAUGCAGUGGUACAAAACUCCUGGUUUACAGGUCACAUCAAGCCUGCAAGUCACAUUAUGCUGGCUUGCAAAGUGAUGUGUAAUUACUAUUGAAAUCCAGCCAGAGUGGGGAUAUCCAACAAUUAGAACUUUGUAGGAGACAUUGAAUUUUGAGACUACCCCAUAAACAUAUUUUUACAUUUUAGUAGACACACUUAUCCAGAGCGACUAACAGGAGCAAUUGGGGUUAAGUGCCUCACUCAAGAGCACAUUGACAGAUUUAUUUCUUCACCUAGUCAUCUUAGGGAUUCAAACCAGCAACCUUUCGGUUACUGGCCCAAUGCUGUUAACCGCUAGGCUACCUGACGCCCUAUGAACUGCAGCAGCCAUCUCAGUAUCUCAGAUUGGAUUAAUUUAGAAAAAUGCAUGUUGUUUGUGUAGCAUAAGAUAAAUCAACCAACCAAAGUACAUGCAAAAACACAGGUACUGAAACAAAUAAUUAAGAAAAUCAACCUGCAAUAGAGCAUGCUGGGAAAUAUGAUAAUGAUGGUAGUGGUUUUUAAUGGUUUUGAGCAAGCAUGAAUUUGUAAAUUUACUCAACAAGCUUGUUCAAAUUCAACUCGCAUAAUAACGCUGACUAAGCCAUUGGUUAAGUUUGCUUUUUUACAAUGCAGAUGCACUUGAGCAUGCAUGCGUAUGCGUCACUGAGAGAUUGUGAGUGUGUCUUAGACAGUGUGUAUGUGUGGUCACACCAUAGCCUUAGACUGAAUGACAGAAGGCCCAGAAGACUCAUAGCUCUAAUAGCUCUUUUCCUAUCUAUGAAAUUAUAUAUUUACCACCACACAAGCUUUCUUCCUAUCUAUCACAUUGUAUAUCGACCACACAUGUUCUGCAGCCCUCUCUCUCCAAUCACAUGCCCCCAAUCCAACAUAUUUGUCUCAAGCACCCAGGCACAGUCUUCCUCCCUCCUCUCCUUCAUAUCCUGCUAAACCCCCAGUCACAAUUCUCCCAAGUACCCAACAUCUCCCAUACACCCUUUUUUUCUCCUCCUUCCAUGCAAGUCUAUUAGGCUAGAAGAAUAACAGAAUAACACCUUAGAGACUUUUGGUUUCUGUGGAGUCCUGUAGUGGACUAUGAAGACAAUACAACCACUACACACCCUUUCCCUUAGCUUAGUUCUCCAAUGUUGCGACACUUAUUUUGACGAGUUGUGAAUCUUCCCUCCUGUAGACAUGGAGAAACACACACACUUCCUAUGUGUUUUGCCAACACACCCCUAAAGCACUGCACUUGGAUGGCCCGUGAACUUUUACCCCACAACUUUCCUCCCCUCUGCACUAAGUACUUUUUCGGAUUGUUUUGUACAUUACUUUGUGUCUUUUGGAUUCUUCAAAAUCCCUGAAUAUACUUUAAACCCUUGUAUACAAGGCUCCACUCUGGUGAAGUGUGGGGCGUCAUGCUAGCGUAGGUCUCUCUAACCUGUGUUUCCCGUUUGCCCCCCCCCCCCCCCCCUUGGGCCGGUCUGUAUGUGGUGUGUGCACGCGCGUGUGUGUGUGUGUGUGUGUGUGUGUGUGUGUGUGUGUGUGUGUGUGUGUGUGUGUUGCCCCCUGCAGGUGAGCGAGGUGGAGGUAAACGGGCAGAUCGAGGCAGUGUGUGAGUCCGUCUUCAGUGAGAUGGAGUCCCAGGCGGUGGAUGCCCUGGACCUCCCAAUGUCAGGCUGCUUCCGUAUGCGCAGCCAUAGCUACGUCCGUGCCAUCGAGAAGGGUUCCUGCUCCCAAGACGAGGAGGACAGGGGCAUGGUGGGGGGCAACAUGAGGGCUAUCUCACCCCCUCGGACCACCACCACCGUUAGGACGAUCCAGAGCAGCACAGGUCAGUCACACACACACACACACACACACACACACACACACACACACACUGGACACACACUAUGGGCCAAAGCGAUACGGCUAAAACUUUAGCUACCUAGCAGUACAACUCCGACUCUAGGUACAACACAUACAGUAUUGAAACCAUGCAUACGUACAGUAUGUGUCCAUAUUUGCAUAUGUAAUAUUUACAAUAUACAGUGGGGUCUGGAAUUAUUGGAUCCCUUGAUAAAGAUGAGCAAAAAAUAUGCCAAAAAAAUAGAGAAAUUAUAUAAUUUGAUACUAAUACAAUUGCUCAUGUAUUAUACAUAGACAUGUAUAUAAUGUAUUAUGUAAGUACUACUGUACUGCUAAUGUAAAGGGACAUUAAUUGUAAAUACACUGACAGCUUAGUCCAUAUUGUACAUCUUUAAUACUGUAGAAAGCUCAGUGGUGGGCAGAGGAGUUGUGAUUGCAAAGGGCUCACACGCACACACACACACACACACACACACACACACACACACACACCCCCCUGAGCCUCAGAACAUCUCGUUAUAAAUAUUAGAUCCCCUCUGUGCAGAACUGUCUGUAUCUCUACUGGGCCUACCUUUAAGAGAUUGUUCCUGCUGAUCGAAGUCUGUAUUCGGCCCUUAUUUCAGCGUUCUGCCUCUCGUCCAGUAAAGCAUUGAACUAGAACAUUAGUGAAUGGGCUGCAUGUAGUAUUGAUGUUGAGUGGUGUUGGCAUUCCGAGUUUACUUCCAUAAAAAUUCACCAUCUUCUCUGACUUGCAUUGUAGCCAUGCUGAGUCAGAGCUUGAGCGCAUUAAUCUCUCUCUCCCCCUCCCACCCUUCUCUUCCCUCUCACUCUUUCCAUCUCCUUCUCCCCCGUCCCCCUCUCUCUCUCUCUCUCUCUCUUUGUUUAAUUAUCCCGAUUAAAAGGCAGUUCUUUCUUCCACCCAGCCAACGAGGUUACAGUCAGCUAAUUAAAACUAUUUAGCGCAAAUUGUAAGGAUGGCAAAACCUGUUCAGUCAAGUUAAAGGCAAUCCUCGGGAUUCAGAGCAAACAUUCAUUUAGUGCCAUUUAAAAUUCUGCUCUGUUGAUUCCCGUUUCCCUCCCAAGGCAGCGGAGGAUAA